GCGAGGAUCAGCCGAGGUUGCCGAAAGGAGCGAGGAACGUUUCUCUUCUGGAGGCGGUCUCCGGAGGGGGAACCGGACCGGAAGUGACGCGAGUGAGUUCCGGUUGGUCGGAUCCCGGCGGCGGGUGUGAGAGUCGGUCGGAAGCCGCUUCCAGGAUCCUGAGAUCCGGAGAAGCCGGGGUCAGAGCGGGUGUCUUCAUUCUGGCAAGUGGAAAUGACAGAGGAUCCUUGUAACACAUCUCCUCAAGAGUUACUGAUCUAUGAAAUGGCAGAGAAUGGAAAAAAUUGUGACCAGAGACGUGUAGCAAUGAACAAAGAACAGCAUAAUGGAAAUUUCACAGACCCCUCUUCAAUGAAUGAAAAGAAGAAGAGGGAUCGGGAAGAAAGGCAGAAUAUUGUCCUGUGGAGACAGCCACUCAUUACCUUACAGUAUUUUUUUCUGGAAAUCCUUCUAAUCUUGAAGGAAUGGACCUCAAAAUUAUGGCAUCGUCAAAGCAUUGUGGUGUCUUUUUUACUGCUGCUUGCUGUACUUAUAGCUACGUAUUAUGUUGAAGGAGCACAUCAACAGUAUGUGCAACGCAUAGAGAAACAAUUUCUUUUGUAUGCCUAUUGGAUAGGCUUAGGAAUUUUGUCUUCUGUUGGGCUUGGAACUGGGCUGCACACCUUUUUGCUUUAUCUGGGUCCACAUAUAGCUUCAGUUACAUUAGCUGCUUAUGAAUGCAAUUCAGUUAAUUUCCCUGAACCACCCUAUCCUGAUCAGAUUAUUUGUCCAGAUGAAGAAGGCACUGAAGGAACCAUUUCUUUAUGGAGUAUCAUCUCAAAAGUUAGGAUUGAGGCCUGCAUGUGGGGUAUAGGCACAGCAAUCGGAGAGCUGCCUCCAUAUUUCAUGGCCAGGGCAGCUCGCCUCUCAGGUGCUGAACCAGAUGAUGAAGAAUAUCAGGAAUUUGAAGAGAUGCUGGAACAUGCAGAGACUGCACAAGACUUUGCCUCCCGGGCUAAACUGGCGGUUCAAAACCUAGUACAGAAGGUUGGAUUUUUUGGAAUUUUGGCCUGUGCUUCAAUUCCAAAUCCUCUAUUUGAUCUAGCUGGAAUAACAUGUGGACACUUCCUUGUACCUUUUUGGACCUUCUUCGGUGCAACCCUGAUUGGAAAAGCAAUAAUUAAAAUGCAUAUCCAGAAAAUUUUUGUUAUAAUAACAUUCAGCAAGCACAUAGUGGAACAGAUGGUGGCUUUCAUUGGUGCUGUCCCCGGCAUAGGUCCGUCUCUACAGAAGCCAUUCCAGGAAUACCUGGAGGCUCAGCGACAGAAGCUUCAUCACAGAAACGAAAUGGGCACACCACAGGGAGAAAACUGGUUAUCCUGGAUGUUUGAGAAGUUGGUCGUUGUGAUGGUGUGUUACUUCAUCCUGUCUAUCAUUAACUCCAUGGCACAAAGUUAUGCCAAACGAAUCCAGCAGCGGUUGAACUCAGAGGAGAAAACUAAAUAAGCAGAGAAAGUUUUUAACUGCAGAAAUUAGAAUGGAUGGGUUCUGCCUUAAAUUGGGAGGACUCCAAAUCAGGAAGAAAAAUUCCCUUUUCCAACCUGUAUCAAUUUUAAAAACUUUUUUCCUGAAAGCAGUUUAGUCCAUAUUUUGCACUGACAUACUUUUCCUUUGUGUGUUAAGGUAAGGUAUCCACCUUCACAGUUCAAUCCAUGUUGUAUUUUUUUAGGGUGGAAUGUUAAGGCCUCUGUAUGUUACUUUCAAAAGGCCCACAUGGUACAAUUAGAGAGUUCCCAUCACACAAAAAAGUUCCUAAGUAUGUUAAAUAUGUCAGGCUUUUUAGGCUUGUCACAAAUGAUUGCUUUGUUUUUCUAAGUCAUCAAAAUGUAUAUAAAUGAUCUAGAUUGGUUAACAGUCUUGCAUGUCUAUCAUGGUACAAUUUAAUAUGCCAUUCUACCCAGCCCUUCCUCUCCCACUCUCAAAAAAAGGCCAUUUUAUGACGCAUUGCACACCCUCUGGGGAAACGGAUCUUUAAAUUUUGAGACAGUAUAAGAAAAAUCUGGUUGGUGUCUCACGAAUGAGCUGACACCAUUUUUUAUUCUGUAUAUUUAGAAUGAAGUCAUGAAAAAUCUUUAUAAAGACAUCUUUGAUCAUUCCAAAA